AUGAUGAAAAUUCCCCUUUUUCGCCUGACAAUUUCCGUCAAAGCUUCAUUUGAGGAACAAAAUGUGCGGAACUAUCGGUUCAUCGUGUAUAAGAUCGACGAGCAGACACAGCAGGUGGUCGUCGGCAAGCUCGGAGGUCCCCGUGAAACCUACGAAGAUUUCACCAACUCCUUUUCUCCCAACGAAUGCCGCUAUGCCGUCCUCGACUACUACUUCAUCACCCACGAGAACUGCCAGAAGAGCAAGAUUUUCUUCGUUGCAUGGUCACCCGAUGGGGCAAGGGUGAGGAGUAAGAUGCUUUACGCAAGCUCCAAGGACAAGUUCAAGAGACAGUUGGACGGGAUUCAGGCCGAGUUGCAGGCAACCGAUCCAAGCGAGAUGAGCUUCGACAUCAUCAAAUCCUGAGCUCUUUAAU